UGACAAGAUAACCUCUUCUCCAUCGCUGUUUCCGAAUAAAUUUAUGACUUUCCUAUAAAUCUUGUAAACAUAAUGAAAAAGAACAAAUCCACUCGUAUUAUCGGUCAAAAUGUGAUUCUAGUUCCGUAUAAGGAAAAACAUGUUACGAGAUAUCACGAAUGGAUGAAAUCACCAGAGUUGCAAUAUCUUACAGCCUCGGAACCAUUAACUUUGGCGGAGGAAUAUGAAAUGCAAAAAGAUUGGCUACUAGAUGAGAAGAAGUGUACCUUCAUCAUUUUAGACAAAUCGAUCUUCGAAUCGACAGGGGAUGAAAUCGCUGCUAUGAUAGGUGAUACUAAUUUGUUCUUUAAUGAUAUGGAAUGUAAAUAUACGGCGGAAGCUGAAAUCAUGAUAGCAGAAAAAGAAUAUAGACAUAAAAGAAGAGGAUGGGAAGCUAUAUUACUUAUGCUUCGUUACGGUAUAGAUGUCUUAAAUGUAAAAAGAUAUCGAGUUAAAAUAAUGAUUGUUAAUGAAAAGAGUAUAAAUAUGUUUCGAAAGUUGAACUUUCACGAGGUCGAAAGAAGUGAGAUAUUUCAAGAAAUUACUAUGGAAAAUAAUAUAAAUCAAGAAUGGAAAGAUUGGCUGUAUUUAGAAACAAUGAAUUCUGUCAUGGAUGAAUGUUACAAUAUAAAAUGAUAUAAAUUGUAAUUACGGUUAUAUAUCUUUGCGUUGCACAUUGUGUUUUAUAAUAAUUGAACGUAAAAUAAAUGCAAUAUUAUAUUUAUUAAA